CAGAAAACGGAGACUAGACACGGCAACUACAGCACCCGCUACGGCACCCGCAAUGGCGGCUGCAUCAUUGGGCGCCAAUGACAGGCUAGUCUCUGUGGAGGGAGUCUGUGAUGCCGUCACAGUCCCUCCAUUGGUUGUCGAGGAUGUGAAACUUGUGGAGGUAGUAGAGAUGAUCGAAGAUGAGGGCGAUGUGGUAAGUUCGGUUGAGGUUGUAGCUGAGGUUGUUGAAAGACUUGUGGCGCUCGAGCAAACAGUGCCGAAAAGCGUGGCCGUAGCCUGAAGCUCUGUAAACUGAACGGCGGAAGUGAUUGGUACUCGAAUAGUACUUUCACCUC